GCUAUCCAUUACGCUUAGUUUAUAGGCCUAAGUGAUAUAUAUAAAGGAGGUUGUGACACAUGGUUUACACAUAAAGUAAAAUAGGCCAAAUAAUAAUGAGUUUUUAUAGCAAUAUUACACCUAGAUAUUUGCAGUCUAUGGUGAGUCUGGUCUGAAUUAAAUUUGCUUAGUGCCACCGACAGCACACAGACAUGUCGUUCUCUGGUUGAGGAAGUUUUGAAACAUCAUCUAACACAAAAGAGAAGUACACACUUCCUUCACUGAAGACCUCGUGAUGGAUGUCCAAUUUAUGUGUGCAAUGAUGGUGUCGCGGCUGCUCCUGUCAUAUGCUCUGCUCAUAUACAAUACAGGGUUCAGUGCUGGAGACAUUGUGUAUGUGGAGACAGGAGCUUCUGUUCAGCUGAAUAUACAGAGAGAGAAACUACCUGCUGAGCUUGAUGAUAUAAUGUGGAAAAAUGAAAGAUCUCAGAAUCUAGUGAAAUAUUUGAUUAAAUCAAAUGAUGUUAAACCCCACUCUACCUACAUAGACAGAGUGGAUUUCAAUACAGAAACCUUCUCUCUAACACUAAAGAACAUGCAGAAGAUUGACAGUGGAAUCUACAGAGCAAUAGCAAGUUCAGAAAAUGAUAUAAAUAUUGCUGAACACAAAGUAUCUGUUAUAGAUGCUGUGAAAGCUCCUGUCCUGACUGUAAACUCAAUAUGGUCCAUCACAGAACCCUGUAACUUUACAUGUACAGCAGAUAAUCUUACAAUCAUCAACUAUUACAGUACCAGCUGUUCUGAUGAAGUGAAAUCAUCUGGAAUCUACAAUCUAAACCUGAAAUGCACCGAUGACUUCAUCAUUUGUAACUAUAGCAACCCUGUCAGCUGGAAGAUUGACACAAAGACUCUUCAACAACUCUGUGCUUUUAACCCAGAUGACAACAGGUGGUGGGGCUGUCUCAAAAGCGAAGCUUUAACUUAAAACUUCUUUUUCAGGAAGUGCUGUUUUUCUAUUGUUUUAAUGGAUGAUGCAUGAAGUAAAUAUACAAUGUGCCACGUGCUUCCUUUAGAGUUUCAAAAUACUUACAAAUAAUUUACUGUAGGUGUGUUUUAAUAUGCUUCAAAAUGUACAUUAAUGAAAACUAUCAAAUGUG